AUGAAAAAAGUAGAGUCAAUCAAAUAUAAUGAAAGGAGCAUUAUCGAUAAGGAAGUGACUUAAAAUUCUGGUAGUCAUGGCUUAAAUGAUAAGUUUUUUUAUUUGUAGUAUGUUAGAAAACAUCGGAAAGGUCCUGAAACUCCUGAAAGAGCAAAAAACUAGAGCGUUGACAGAAUGUAGAACUAGGGUCAAAGUUCUGUUGAUCAAUUAAAUCGAAUCCAGUUUCAUGAGUAUAAUAGUUGAUAAAUUUCAUAGAGAAGCGUUCCCUUAAGACUGCAACCAUGAAAUAAAUUAGGAUAAUUCAAAAAUGUCAGAAUAUUCGCUAUAAAGCAUUGAAAGAGAGGACAUGAUUGAGGAUCGGAUUCAAAGGCAUACACUUCAUAAGUCUAUACAUGUCUAUUCCAAAUUUGUCUCCUCAGCCUCUCAUUAAUUGAAUAUGCAACAAAGAUCAGAGCCAGACCCUGAAAAACCAGGAAUAGCUUUAAAUCUCUUGAAUGCAUUCAAUCAGCAACAGGAAGUGUAAUCUGAAUAUUUUAAUGAUAUUGAAUAUGAUAAAAUCAAACGUCGACAUGAAAAGUUAAUAGAAAGAAACACAAUGAAAGAUCCUUAUUACGUUAGAUUAGUCAAGUUAUCGGAAUUUUAAAGAUUAAAUUAUGAGUUAUAGGUAAACCAUUCAGUUUAUUUAGAAAUAUAAUGAUAAUCUGGCUCUGUUAAACUUGAGAAAAGCAUUUAUAUAUGUGAUAUACAGUAUUCCAAUAAUGGCAAGAAAAAUAGUAAACAAUUUUUUAUUUAAAAUCUUGAUGACAUUUCUUAUCUUAUUUAAUGUCAUUUUGUACAUCGUAGUAAAAACUAACGGAAGAACUGAUACUGACAAUAUAGAAGAAGUAGUUAUGAUACUAUUUAUUUCUGAAAUCGGAUUAAGAAUUAUAGCGAGUGGAAUCUUUUUUAAUGAUUAUGCCUUCUUUAGAAAUAUGGAAAAUAUUUAUGAUUUUGUGCUGAUAUUUUUCACUGCUAUGAAUCUCUAUUAUCCUGAAAUCAUUAUCAUUGAUAUAUCUCCUCUGAGAUUGGUCACUUUAUUGAUGUAUUUGACCAACAUCUUCCAGGGAUUGAAUGUGAUGAUGACUGCACUAAGAUAAUCGUUUAAGUUCUUGAUAGAAGCACUGAUGAUAGUGAUACUAUUUUCAUUGAUCUUUGCAUCAAUGGGAAUAUUCCUAUUCCAAGGAUUAUUCAAUUACAGGUGUCAAUAUGAAAAUGGCGAUGAAACUGAAGGGUGGAUACAAUGCAAUUAAGCUCAAUGUCCCUCUGGAAUGCAUUGUAUGUAUAGUGAUUACACACCCAAAAUGCCAACUUCUUUCAAUAAUUUGAUAGGAUCUUUAGGAUAAAUUCUUAGAACGAUCACAAUGGAUGAUUGGAGUUGGGUCAUGUUUUUUACUAUGAGAAUAUUUCAUCCCUGGGUUUGGUUAUAUUACUUAUUAAUUAUCUUUAUUGGAGGUUUCUUUGGAUUUAACAUAGUUAUUGCAGUGUUGAAGGUUCAUUAUUCAGAGGCAACUGAAGUAAACAAAAAAAGAGAAGAGGAGAAUGAAAUUAAGAAAAGAUUGAAAGAAGAGGAAGAAUAUCCAGAAAGAAAUUUAUUAGAGAUUCUAGAUGUUGCUCAUCUGAGAGAAGUCGGCAUCUAUAAAGUAAUAAAAAAAUACAGAGAUAAUUUAAAUGAAGAAUCAUUGAAACAAUAUUCGAUUGAAGAUCCUACCAGCUUUAAGAAGAAAUCAUAUCAAACUGAAAGAACAUUGUCAGCUAAAUAAAAAUAAUUGGAAAGUGGAAUCAUUAAACUGCCAUUUAUAGAAUAUAUGACUAGUUUCACUUGGAAAAGGUUCCUUUUACCAAAAUUUGAUAUCCUAGAUGCUCUAAUUAAGAAAAUCAAAACAAAUAAUUAUACUGAAGUUGAAUUCAAUAUGAAAGUUAUUGAAAAACUAAAAACGAUUAAAUUUUCAAGAUUACAACCAUAAGCCAAUAUGAAUGUCAAGCAAAAUUAUACUUCAUCAAAUGAUGUUCUACUUAAGUUAAUGUAACUAUCAUUCUAUUAAUAUCUAGAGAUAUAUAAGAUUAGAUUCAAAAAGAGAAGAACUUCAAUCUUGAAAAGAUUAGAUCCACCAAAUUCUAAAUGAUCUAUCAUGAAAUCAAGAUAGAAAAGGAAAAAUUGUAUGGCAGAACUUAAUUUGGAAAGUCAGCCUUCCCAACCAAAAGUAAAUCAGUGUCUCCCUUUAUGAGCAUUUAUUAAAAGAAAGUUGAAUAGAGCACAGAUUCUAUUGUUAAUUUUGAUCAAAUUGAUCUAAAAACAUUCAAUAAAAUGAAAGCAAGCUAAAUCUUAGAAACCAAAUACAAAGAUUUCUACGUUGUUAAAAACGGAAUACCUUAUAUACAUAUUUAAGGAUACUAUACUAAUCUUGAAGGAGUCAAAUUAAAAAUUAAUUAAAAAAUCCCUAUGAUAAUUCAUGAUUAAGUCUCCAAUAAAUUCAAAUAUUAAAGUAUGAGAAUGAAAGAAUAUUAAAAUCACAGAAGAAUUACUAAACACAAUUGGUCAGGCAAAGAUGUACUUGAAGUCAACAAAUUGAGAAUGCAGUAUUUUCACGUAGUUUUAUCUAUGCUUAAUAAAGUUGAUGUCAUUAUUUGGAUUAAUGGAGUAAAAGGAAUUUACAUAAUGUCAUAAAAAUACGCAUUUAUAAUUGUAACUAGCAGAUUUAGUCAAUUCUUCUUUGAUUUAGUAAUUCUUAACAAUUUUACAUUUUUAUCACUCUAAGGAAUUGUAGAUAUCAAUAUCAUAUCAAUAGUUGAAGAUAUCUCUACAAUAUUUUUAUGCUUUGAAUUGAUGAUGAGGUUUUUGGGUAUAAGAUUCAAAGAUCUUCUGAGAUCUCCAGAUUUAAUUUUAUAAUCUGUUAUUGUGAUUAUAAACUUUUUCGAAUUAACUAUUAGUGAUUACAUGACAACUUAUUUGAGUGAGUAAAAUUUACGAUUAAUAAGAGGAACUAAAUGUUUGCUAUUCUAUAGAUGUCUUAAAUAUAAUAAAAUGGCUAUUACAAUUGGUCAUAUUGCUUCUAUGACUUUCGAUUAAUACAUUUAUUUGGCUUUCCUUAUGUUCUUAGUGAUAUUUAUGUAUGCUUUAACAGGAAUGGAAAUGUUUGUAGGAAAAUUUGAUUAGAAUGAUUCCCUUGGAUAAUUACAUUCCUAUGAAAAUAUUUUUAAAUCAUUCAUGACAAUCUUCAACAUUAUGACAAACGAUGAUUGGUAUGGAGUUUAUGUGAUUGGAAGUGAUAUAGAUUUUACCUUUUCAAUCAUCUAUUCCUUUUCUAUGGUGCUUAUCUUAAAUUAUCUAACUUAUGGAUUAGUUAUGGCUGUGUUGUUGGAUGGUUUUGGAAAAUAUCUAAAUUAGCCAGUUGAAGAAAUUCAGAAUGAAAUCCAGAAGAAUAUCAAUGAAUAAUUAUAGCAUAUUACAUAGAAUUCAGAUGAAAUACAAAUGCAAUUAGUUGAAACCAACUAAGACCAACCAAUGCCCAAUUAGAAUUUAUCAAAUGAAGAGAUAAAUAAAAGUAAACCCAAUUUAAUAUACAAUCUAAUUAAGUCAAUAAGUAAAUAUUAAAUUAAUAUUCAAUUAUAGAAUAAAUCAAUAGGAAAUUACUAUCAAAAACACCCAAAUUAUAUGAAGGCAUAGAGUGCGAAUCCUCUUUGUUUUUGUUUGAGAAAGACAAUCUAUUUCGCAUAGGCCUGACUCAUCUGACAACAUCAAUGAUUUAUGUCUACAUCAUGGAUAUAGUUACUUAUCUAUCUAUCAUAGCUUUCAUCCUUAAAACCUAUAACGAUUACGAAACAGAUAGUGAAUCCUAUCCCGACACUCUUCAAUUCUCGUGUAAUAUCAUUCAAUUGGCUGACACAAUAUUUAAUGUUAUUGCUAAAGGCUUGUAUAUGGACCAAGGUUCUUAUUUAGUAUCAACAUUCUAAGUGUUUGAUUUUAUCUAUCAAGUAUCGAACAUCAUAGCUUUUGGGAAGGAUCCAGAGGAUUUUAAACCUAUUUUAAAAAUUCUGCUUUAUUUAGGUUACUUUAGACCAAUGAAAUUGAUGUAUAGAUUGAGUUGGCUUACAAAUUUAAGAGAAGCCAUUGGAAGAUCCUUAUUUGAUAUUUUCAACGUUAUAAUUACUUUAUUAUCAGUUUGGAUAAUGUUCGGAGUGUAUGGGAUUAUACUUUAUGAGCAAUAAUUCGGAUAUUGCGAAGAUAAAAUGGAAUUUGAAGUUAAUAAACAGACAUGUCUAGAGGAAGGGAAAAUAUGGGUGAAUUACAAACAUAACUUUGAUAACAUUACAAUAGCAAUUCCAACUUUGUUUGUGACAGCCACAUUGGAUGGUUGGGGAGAAAUUUAUUAAGUUGCUGAGAAUAGUUAAGUGGCUUCUGUAGGUCCCCAAAGAUUCAAUUCCUAUGUAGUCACUUACAUCUUCUUCUUACUUUUUGUUUUCAUAGGAUCAAUGUUUUUCUUAAGUCUUUUCACCGGAGUACUAUAUUCUAAUCUAAAGAAAAAUCAGAGGGAAAUCGAAAAUACGGAAGUUACUUAAUCAUAAAAAGAAUUUAAAGAAAUAUCAUCCAUGUUGAUAAAUGACUUCCCUUAGUUUUCUCCUCCACCCACUAAUGGAAUCAGAAAGAUGGCUUCUGAUAUUACAAGCAGUCUAACACUUUAAAAAUGUUUAUUUUUACUUUUAUGGGUGGAUUUCAUUAUAUUGUUAAUGUUCACAUCAGAUAUGAGUGAUGAGUACUUUAGAGCUAUCAAUGAUGUUCAUAAUGCAUUAAGUGGAAUAUAUCUAAUUUGGGUUAUCUUAUUGUUUUUGGCAUUGGGAGUGAAUAGAUUUUUUGAUAAUUCUUGGAGAAGAUUUUAUUUCUUUUUGAUAGUGAUUGCAAUUAUUGAUUUCAUUGCAGAUUAUUCAGUGGAUUGGAUUAUGAUAUAUUAUAAAUCCACUCCUAAUGAUCAGGGAUUUUAAUUACUUCGCUUGUUCUUCUCUUUAAGAAGUCUACGAAUAAUAUUAAUAUUCUAAGGAUUUAUCAAUUUACAAAGAUUGAUAAAUGUGAUUCUAUUUGCUUUGCCAUAUUUGGGCAAGAUCUUUUCUAUUUUGAUAAUCACAAUGCUAGUAUUUGCUUUAUUUGGUUGUCAAUUGUUUGGCACAAUAGAUAAGGGAUAAGUGUUGGAUGACUAACUUAAUUUUAUGACAGCUGGUAGUGCCAUGAUGACUUUAUUUAAAUGUGCAUCAGGAGAUGAUUGGAGAACUAUCAUGACCGAUACUAUGCAUUACAAUCCCUUAUGUUGGGAAGAUCCUAAAUAUUGUGGAUCAUUUGCAAGUUAAAUAUACUUUUUCUUAUUCAUGUUCUUUUCCACUUACGUUCUUCUAACACUAUUUUUAUUAAGUUUGGUGGAAUAAUUUGAAUCUUUUUUCUAAUUAUAAGACUCACCAAUUUAAUCCUAUGUUGAAAAUAUUGAUAAAAUUAAAACAAUUUGGUGCAAAUACUCCUCAGAAACUUAAGGAUAAACGAUGCAUUAUAAAUUCUUAUGCAAGUUUCUCUUGGACAUUGGUAAACCUUUGGGAGGAGGAGAGGAAGAGAAUCUUUGGGAUGUUGCUAAAAUAGCCUCUUCAUUUAAACUGAAAUGGUAAUAGAUUUAUAUUUAUUGAUAGUGAUCACUAUGGUUACAUUCAGUACAACCAAUUGAUUUAUGAGUUGUUCAGGGUGAAAUUCCAUGCAGAUGUUUUUAAGGAGGGUACUCCUGAUUCCAUCAAAUAAAUUAAAUAAUUCAACAAAGAAAUGCAACUGCGCUUAAUGUAUUACAGGAAAAAUAGACACAUCGAAAGAUCGAACAUCAGUUCAUCACUUCAAUUAAAGGCUAAUUUUAAUAUUCUUCAUGAUUAUCUUACUGUCUUGAUCCUCUUUAAAACUUGGGAAUCCUACAGUAAGAUCCUAAUUAGAAAACUAGCUAUCAAACAGAACCAAUUCUCUGAUGAUGCUAUAUCGAUCGAUAGUGAACUGCAACAGAAGUAAAUAUUCACAUUAUUAUUUAAAUAGUAACAAUAAUAAUGUAAAUCAUAUUAUGGAACCAGAAAUGCUUGAAGCCUCAUGUGAAGAAGCUACUAUCAACUGUAAUUUCGAAAACAAAAAGCAUCAUCAUACUAACGAAAGUUAAAACUUAUCGCAUCUUGAUUUGCCAAUCUUCAAAAGUGCCUCGCCCUUCUCUAUUCAAGGAGAAGAUGUAAAAAUGAUCUUUUCGGCUGUUGGUGAAAAGUAACCUAUGAUAUGA